CCCCUCUCCCAGGUUGCCGUUGGACCCCUCUGGACCGGACCCCGAUGAGCCCCAGCCCGCUCUGGCGUACCCUUCAUUAAGGAUGGGAAAUGCCUCCGAAGCAUUUCUGCUGGUGUCCAGAAUAUCGAAGGGGAAUGACUUCCUCAUGGGGACCCUCUACACCAUCUUCGGUGUGCUCUCCAUGCUGGGGAACGGCAUCCUGCUCUUCGUGGCCUACAGGAAGAAUCCCCUGAAGCCGGCGGAGUUCUUUGUGGUCAACCUGGCCAUCAGUGACCUGGGAAUGACCCUCACCCUGUUCCCUCUGGGCAUCCCCUCGGGCUUCGCUCACAUGUGGCUGUUCAACAGGACGACCUGCAUGGUCUACGCCUUCUGCGGCGUUCUGUUCGGCCUCAGCAGCCUGACCAACCUCACCAUGCUCUCCUGCGUGUGCUGGCUCAAGGUCUGCUGCCCCCACUACGGUAACAGGUUCUCCUUCUGCCACGCCUGCCUGCUGGUGGCCGGCGUCUGGUGCUACGCCGGCGUCUUCGCCGUGGGCCCGCUGUCGGGCUGGGGCGAGUACGGCGCCGAGCCCUACGGCACGGCGUGCUGCAUCAACUGGGACGCGCCGAGCAAGGGCGCGGCGGCCAUGAGCUACAUCGUCUGCCUCUUCUUCUUCUGCUACGUCGUGCCGUGCACCGUCAUCUUCCUCUCCUACACCUUCAUCCUGCUGACCGUGCGGGGGUCCCGGCAGGCCGUGCAGCAGCACAUGUCCCCGCAGAACAAGAUCACCAGCGCGCAGUCGCUGAUCAUCAAGCUGUCUGUGGCGGUUUGCAUCGGCUUCCUGGUGGCGUGGAGUCCGUACGCGCUCGUGUCCAUGUGGGCGGCGUUCGGCGACCCGACGGCCGUGCCGCCCAUGGCUUUUGCGCUGGCGGCCAUCUUCGCCAAGUCCUCCACCCUGUACAACCCGAUCGUCUACCUGGUCUUCAAGCCCAACUUCCGCAAGUCCCUGUGCCGGGACGUGGCCCUCUGCCGGACCACCGUCUGCGGGGGUCUGAGUCCGCACGGCUCGCCGCAGAAGGGAUCUUGCAGGCAAUCCUGUCACAUGGAGGAGUGCAACUCCACCAGGAUGUCCAACGGGCUGCAGGAGAACCACGGCGCCUGCAGACACUGCCCCUGCCCCGAGAGAGUCAGCGGGGGGGAGAACUUCCCGGAGUACAGCCCCAAGCAGACCGCCAGGAUACUCAAAGGAUCCAUGCACAGCGAGGUGGCCGUCAGCCAGCUCUCCAACGAGGUGCAGAGCGACUUCCUGUAGAGACGCGGCAGUGAGAGGAAAACAGACCAAUGAGGAACAGAAGUUGCUGAAACACAAUGAAAAUCAAAAACAGUAAGGAUUGAUUACCCUCUAAGGCCGGGUAGUUCUGGGGCUGUUUUGCUCCUGGAUUUUCACCCUUAAAUAAAAGUCCCGCUCCUCUAAUGGAAACAACACAACCAAGGCUACAAGCAGAGAGAAAAACGCCUUUAGGGCAGAAUAACAUUAUUAUGACCUUUGACAAUAUAAUAUUGUAAACAGCGUAAAGCUGGAAACUAUACAUCCAUCAUUUCUCCAAAGUGUCAACAAGUAGAAGAAACUGGAAGCUCUCCAUAAACUCAUUGAUCGGGUCACUUUUUAAAAACCUCUCUGCUGUUCAGCAACAUUCAGAUUCUUUUUUCAAAUGACUGUUGGUCUCAAAUGAGUUAAAGUUUUUUAACAGAAUCUAUUGAGAGCAAGAUUUUUUUGAAGCGCUUAUUUUUUACAGCUUCUAGCUCGGAUAACAGGCGUAGCGCGGUCGAUUGAUUAGGUAUCAGCUAAGGGUUAAAAGAAGAAAGAAAUGGUGAACUUCUAUGGCCAGCGUUGCUUCAUGCCUCAAAUAUGUGCUACUGCCAAAGAAAAGAACCACAUAGUAAUCGUAGUAAUGAUAGUAAUCCAAUACUGGAAAAGCAGUGAAACACCCAACAUGUAAUAAUAGAUCAGUCCAUCACAUCUCAACUUUCUAAUGUCUCAAUAUCAAGCCUGUGUAUUUGUGUGUGUUCUGGGGGGUGUUGGAUGUCUGAGAUCAGCGUAUGCAAUACGUCCUACUGAAGUACCAGUACACACAUAUCCACGAUGCAAAAACACUAGAUUAUUCAAACAAUGGUCCAAGAUGUACAGAUAUUGUGCAAUCAAGUAAAAAAUGAGCACCAGGGCAAAAGACUUAAAGAUUA